UAACAGCUCUGUGCUUUGUUAACAAGGCUGCCUGCAGACUGGGGGAGCAGGCAGAGGACAGCGAGUUAACCCCACUAAAGGCAUCCCAGGAACGCACGGUCCUCCACGUGGCAACAAUGGCGUCUCUGUAGUCUGCCGGAGACUUUAAUGACACCAAGCAAAACCUACUUAGUUUAGAAUUUCAGAAAUUGGAUGGUGGAAAAGCCAGCAUGAAGUUUGCAGGUUUGGUUUGUUUCCUUCUGCUCAUCAUCUGUCAAACUGACUUUGGACAAAAUGAAGAAGCACCUAGGAAGCAGCGGAGGAAGAUGCACCACAGAAGACUGAGGGGCAGCUCCUCGCCUGCCCGCAGGUCCAGCAGGCAGCUGGGGGACCAGCGGACAAUGGUCAUACCUGGAGCAACACGUCCCGUGCUGAACCUGGACUACAGCACAGAGGAAAAGUUUGGCUCUUUUCUAGGUUUUCUUGGAGUAGAAUCAAGUUAUAACGUGUUACCAGGAAAGAAGGGACACUGUCUGGUAAACGGGAUGACCAUGUACAACAAAGCUGUGUGGUCUCCUGAGCCAUGCACGACCUGCCUCUGCUCCAAUGGAAGGGUGCUUUGCGAUGAAACCAUGUGCCCCCCUUUGACAUGCCCCCAAACCAUCACACCGGAAGGAGAGUGCUGUCCAGUCUGCGUGGAUACUGCUUCUCCCCAGCCACUCAGUGGUACAGCCGUAAGUGAUACAAGUGAAUUUUCUGGUGAUUCUUCAGAACAAAGAGAAGCAACCAACUUACCCUGUAAGCAACUGCCAUCUUGUCCGCUGGAGAUGAACCCAGUGUUGCAAAAAGAGGAACUUUGGUUUGAGGAGGAUGAAGAAGAAAUUAAAGAAGAUAAAGAUAAGGAGCAGAAGAAACAGACCGCUGACCUCGGAGAGCAGGGGAGACCCCUCAGUGAAGGGCGGAGCAGAGAAGGGGGAGAGCAGAGACCCCACGAGGAGGGGAGGCAGGCCCAUCAAAGAGGACACCCAGCAAGGGAGGAGGAGGAGGAGGAGGAGAAAGAGGAAGGAGAGGGGGAGGACAAUGACGACGAGGAGGAGGACGGCUAUGAUGAAGAGGAGCACGAUGACACCAUCAGAGGAGACGUGUUCAGGAUGCCCUCAAGAACCCGGGUCCCCCCCUCUCCCAGACGCAUGCCACCUCUGCCCAGCGGGUGCUCUCUGUCCUACAGGACCAUCAGCUGCAUGAGCGCAGGCCUCACACAGAUGCCACCACUCACGGCACCAGAGAUAACAAGCCUGGAGCUUGCUGGCAAUGCCAUCACCUCCAUUCCUGAUGAAGCAUUUAAUGGGCUGCCGAAUUUGAAAAGGCUCGAUCUGAGCAAAAAUAAUAUCACCUCCCCGGGCAUAGGGCCCAAAGCAUUCAAGCUUCUGAAGAAGUUACUGCGCCUGAAUAUGGACGGGAACAAUCUGAUAGAGAUUCCUCCUGACUUACCAUCUGCAUUAGAAGAACUUAAGAUCAAUGACAACAGUCUGCAGGCUAUCAGUGAAGAGAGCUUAUCCGACCUAAAUCAGCUGGUCACCUUAGAACUGGAAGGAAACAAUCUCAGCGAAUCCAACGUCAACCCUUUGGCUUUCAAAUCUUUGAAGAGCUUAUCCUACCUGCGUCUGGGAAGAAAUAAAUUCAGAAUUAUACCACAGGGGCUUCCGGCUUCUAUUGAGGAAUUAUACCUGGAAAAUAACCAAAUUGAAGAAAUAACCGAGAUUUGUUUCAAUCACACCAGGAAGAUCAAUGUCAUUGUGCUACGAUAUAAUAAAAUUGAAGAAAACAGGAUUGCUCAUUUAGCCUGGAUAAACCAAGAAAAUCUCGAGUCGAUCGACCUGUCCUACAACAAGCUCUACCACGUCCCCUCCUACUUGCCCAAGUCACUGCUGCACCUCGUGCUCCUCGGGAACCAAAUCGAGCGCAUCCCUGGCUACGUAUUUGGCCACAUGGAGCCAGGCCUGGAGUACCUGUACCUGUCGUUCAACAGACUCUCAGAUGACGGCGUGGACAGAGUCUCCUUCUACGGGGCAUACCAUUCUCUGAGAGAGCUGUUUCUGGACCACAAUGACUUAAAAUCCAUACCACCUGGGGUACCAGAAAUGAAAGCACUCCAUUUUCUGAGGUUGAACAACAACAAGAUACGGAACAUUCUUCCAGAACAAAUCUGCAAUGCUGAAGAAGACGGCGAUUCAACCCUGGAACACCUUCAUCUUGAAAACAAUUAUAUUAAAACAAGAGAAAUAUCAUCCUAUGCAUUUUCAUGCAUAAGAUCAUAUUCAAGUAUAGUUCUUAAACCACAAAAUAUCACAUAAUUCCAAGUUUUUGUUCAUCACUUA